AUGACGUCCACGCGGCUCAGCGCCUGGUUGGACCUGCUCAAGUUCAACUGGCUCCGCCGCUGUCGCGCGUGCGGCGUCCGCGGGUCCAAGUGCCUGUGCCGCCGGCCGUCGCUCGCGCUCGAGCACAUUUUCUUCCUCGAGGAGCGCAAGAACAAGUUCGGCGCGCGCAACUUUAGCCACGUGAGCGACACGUUCCUCACGAGCACCAGCACGACGCUGUUCGCCCACAGUGCGGCCAGCGCGAGCGGCGGCUCGACGGUCGUCAUGUGGCACACGGCGUCGUUCCUCGACAGCGAAGUGAACCCGACCGACUACUACUACGACGGCACUGCUACUACUGCAGCAGCAGCAGCAGGAGCGCCGCCACAGGCGUUCAGUGCCUCGGCGUGCAGUCGCGACCGCGUGACCCCUCGAGGUCACGAAGCGGGUGAGGCCCCGCGCAAUCGGUUGACUGCGCAUCGCAAUCAGGUUCAGCACAGGAGCUCGUCACUUGCCGUUGCUACAUCGGACGCGUGUGUACCUGCAACUGCAGUUACUGCAACUGCACCUGCAACUACUGCAACUGCUGCUACUGCUGCUUCAACGACGACUCUUGUGCGCAAGCAGUCGGGUCGGAUGGUCACUAGGGCCACACGACGGCACUGCAACGACCCGGCCACGCAGCCGCCGAUCAAGGAGAUUGUGACGGGGGAGUUUGUCCCGUGCACGGACGAGAACGUGCCCGUGUCGCUGCUGCACCGUCGCCAGCACAAGCACAAGCAGGUCCUGCCGCACCACCACCACCACCACCACCACCAGCAGCAGCAGCAGCAGCCUCAUCAGAGCCGGUCCCGUGCGCAGAGCAAGAGCAGCAGUGCAAUGGGCAGCCUGCGUCGGCCGCAAUACAAGGAAGAGCCGGGUGUCUCGUUCCAGUUCUACGGUCGCGGGGGCCACGCUGCCCCGCCUGGCUCGGUGUCCUCGGCGCUCAUGGGCUCCAGCAGGAGCGUGUGCAGCAGCUGCAGCAGCACGACGGAUUCGUUCGGCGUUGGCCCGAGUUCUGCCUCGACGUCCGUGCGGGCGUCGCAGUGCUCGAGCCGCGUGAGUCUCGAGACGAACUUUGGGUCGCUGAACCCGCCGUCGUACGUGACCACCAAGGGCGGACGCUUUCUCGACGGCGGGUACGCGCCAAGUAUCCAGGAAAACGACGAGGCGCAGGCCCUGCAGCAACUCACGGGCUGGUUCCUCGCAUCGUCGAUUCCAACGACGGACUCGUGCACGCUGUCACGGUAA